AUGGCCGCCGCCGCGUUGGGUGACGUUGAUGAUCUCGACUUCGACCUGGGUUUUAUGGACGGGCUCGAGUGCUUCGACUUCGAGUUCGACCUGCCGGACAUGGGCCUCACCGAGUUGUGCCACGGCGGCGACGGCGAGUGCUUGCUGCCCGCCGUGGCCGAUAAGGAGGGCGGUUUGGGUUUGGAUCUGGGUUCUCGUGAUGGUGGCGACGGCAGGAGAGAGAGCUCGCCGGACUCCGUGGUGACGGACGACGGCGCGCCGCCUCUGUCGUUAGAGUCGUCUGGGGAUCGCGACGAUGGCGAGAUGUCGGCCUACGUGGGCGACCUGGAGAGGUUCCUCAUGGAGAGCGAGGAUGACGCCGAGGCCGGCGGGCCGUUCGCGGCCAAGGGGCUUGCCGCCAACGACCACUUGUUCGACGAUCUCGCUGUUGCGGACGACGGUUACGUCGAGCCGUCCACUGCAGCGGAAGAGUUUGCCGCCGCCGGCUACUACUACUUCGGUGAUCUCGACGACGGUUACGCGGAGCCGGCGACUCCAGGGAAGGAUCUCGUCCUCGACGACUACUUGUUCGGCGAUCCCGUUGUUGCGGGCGACGGUUACAUCGAGCCGUACACUGCAGGGGAGGAUCUGGUCUCCGACGACUACUUCUACGAUGUUGCUGCUGUGGACGAUGCUGCUCGCGAGGACGACGACGAAGCGACCUCGAGGAAGCGUGCAAGGUACGAAUGA